AUGGCUGAACAGAACUGCAAUCGAUAUCUGGAUUAUUUCGUUCAACUGGUUUUCGACACGAGAAGUUUCUUCCAUGGUUUCUGUGUUUUAAACUUCGUAUUUUCCCUCGUGGCGACUCUAGGAAAUCUUUUGGUCAUACGUGCCUUAAUGAAGACCUCAACGAUACCAGCCACCGUCAAGAAACUGUUCCUAAGUCUGACUUUCUCUGAUCUUGCAGUUGGAUUGUUACCGCAGCUUAUGACCGCUAUUAUCAGUGCCGUGAUGUUGAAGAUGGCAUCAAGUGAAGACGACUUAGCCAUCUUUUGUCCAACAGUUUUGAUUGUGCUUUUAUAUUUUCAGUAUCUUCUCGCCACUGCAUCUUUCCUGAAUGUUAUUGUCAUUGCAUUUGAUAGACUUCUAGCUGUUUCGCUCCACCUGCGAUAUCAGGAGCUUGUCACGCCCGUACGUGUUACAAUAGUGUUGGUGUCUUUAUGGUUAACAAGUUGCGUCUCUGCCUUCCUAUAUAUUUUCCUUCUGAAAGGAAUUGCAAUGGCAUCUGCAGUUAUUUCCGUUAUUGGAUAUGUUCUGACAACCAUGGCGUAUGUUCGUAUUUACAAAGUUGUAAAAUAUCAUCAGAAUCAGAUGUACAGUCAAAAUCAGCUUCAAAAUGCCGAAACAAGAGAGGCACACAAACAAAGAAAAUCCGCCUAUAAUAGUUUAUUUGUCUCUCUAGUUUUCGUAGCUUGUUAUCUUCCUUUAUUGCCCAGUACAAUGUUGUAUUGGACAAACACUAAUGAAAUUUCAUUUCCCGUGGUUAAUUUUGCGUCGAUAUUCUUGAUUUACCUGAAUUCAUCAUUAAAUCCUUUUAUCUAUUGUUGGCGGUAUCCAGAGAUUCGCCAAAGUGUAAAAAGCACAGUAAAGCAAAUAUUUCACAUGAACGACAACACGUCAUAAGGAAGGAAAUAAAGCUGUGGAUAGUUUGAACUGACAGUCUUUUCAGUGUCUUUGCGAAGUCUCGUAAACGAAAUUUAGUAAGAAAACUAAUGGACUUGCUUUAGGCCAAAAGAAAAUAAAAACUGUAAAACGAAAAAGAAUAUUCUAUUACAAAAUGGAAAUGGUGUUGAGAAAUUGGGAAAUGACACAUGACUUGUAAAAUGGUCACCGUUAUAACUUUCACAAAUUUAUCACAGGAACAAAGUUAUGAGGAUCUUGUCAUGUGAUGGUCUAACUGUGCUUAGCCCUUUGACCCCUAAGUGUGAUCAGCAUCAAAGUUCUCCUGGUAGUACCUAUGCUUUAGAAAACGGAAUGAUUAUGGACAUGAUCACACAGAUUCUUUAACAACUUCUCCCAACUACUAUUAUAGGAAAUGUAUAGGGACAACAAAUGAGAAUUUGAAUAUAGACAUUACAAUUGAAAAGAAAAAGCAUUUCAAUUCCACUGACUGAUGUCUGAGACACAAGAACGUGACGAACGUGUCACUUUCAAGAUGCGUAUCAUUUUAUUCUGGGCAAUCGAGAGCGAAAGACAGUUCCAUAUUUAUACACUGGAAUCCUGAUUUUUGUGCAUUUAGUGGGGAAGAGCUUACAAACGAGUAAGGUUAUUGAGCUUGUUGUGCGCUGGUCCAUUCAGACUACAUAACACCGUACCGUUGUGAGUCCCCAGUUGAGGCUAAUGUGUUUCCAGUCCUUUUUUAAGGACAUCACUGGCUUUGAAGACUCAAAAGCCUCGCUGACGACACCUUGAACUAAGGAACAAGUGCUAAAUUUUUCAAACUGAAAGAUUGCUUAGAAAUUUAAAUAAAAGAAUAGAACUGAAUAAAAUCCAUGAUCAUUAUAUUAUUAUGUGUAAAUCAUUUGCUGGUCGGAUCAGUUAAGAAAAAAAACUCGCUCUUUCAACGUUUUACAUAAUUUAACGUUCUCGUUUUAUGCCGAUCGUUUUCAAUUAAACAAGUUGUUCCUCUUCGCAGGGAGUAGCUCACAUUUCAAUUAUGGGACAGAGAGGACGACAGAGAGAUAAUUGGAAAUUGAUGGACAAGGACUAUAUAUUGCGGCGUUUAAUUGUUUUCUUUUCGAUACUAAUUCGGCAAAACCUUCCCCUUGCAUUGUUUUCUGAGUUGGCCUUGUUCAUCUGGUCUCUGUUAAUUGCGAGACAAGAAGACGCGUUUAGAACAUUUAAGUAAUGAAACUUAGCUCUGUUUUUUCAUCGUCAAAACACUUCUUACAGAGAGAAGCGUAAAAGCAUUUUCCCUUUUAAUGUACAAUGUUAGCUACGGUGCAAGAACCUUAUCGUUUUCAAGAAAUAUCGUUAAAACAAUGACUGUACCGAUAACUGCGAAAGAAUCAGUAACGAUGUGACAAAAUGGCCAUUGUUCAAGCUCUGAUCGAUUUCCAUCCGAAUAAUCGCCUGCCAAAGUAGUUGUUUACAACCAUAUGCAUGUCUUCAUUUAAAAUAGGAAGUCUCUCUUCCGCUUGGCCGUGGGAAAUCUGGGUACCAGAUAAGACGCGUCCUACGACGUACGCCUACAGCGGAAGUUGCAAUCUUACCACUCUUUAGAGACGAACACAUAUGCUCGUUGGCAUUCGAAAAGAGUUUACAAAUAAGCAAGGUCAUUUGGGUUCGCUGUGCGCUAUUCCUAUCAGAAAAACCGUCGCGAGUCUACAUUUGAGAGAAAUGUCAAAAAAAGACAAAGGAAGACGAAAACAAUCCAAAUAAAAAUGUUAGGCUCUAGUCCAUUUAUAAAAACCUCGCCGGCUUGGAAGACUAAAAACACUCGCUGAGCGGGCAUCACAGUCAACUACGAAAUGGGCGCUAAACUUUUCAAAACUGAAACCUUGUGUCACAAGUUUAAAUAAAAGAAUAGAACUAAACAAAAUAAAUCUGUAUUUUACUAUGUUUCAAAAAUUUCGCUGGACGAAUAAAUUUAGAGGAAAAACUCGCCCUUUCAACGUUUUAGAAUAAAUUAAAGUUCUAUUUCCUAUACCGAGCAUUUGCAAUUAAACAAACGGUUCUUCUCAGCAGGCAACAGCUCACAUGUCAAUUAUGGACAGAGAGGUAAUUGGAAUUUGAUGGAAGGACUAUACAUUGCGGUGUGUAAUAAUUGUUUUGUUUUUAAUACUAGUGUUGCAAAACCUUCCCCUUCCAUUGUUUUCUGGGUUGGCCUUGUUUUAUACAAUUUAAUUCGUUGUUUCAACCCUUGAAAUUUAUACCAAAAAUGACAUUAAAUUUCUGUUUACCCCCUACCUAUAACAAUAAGUCUAAGGAUUUAGUUAAUGAACAGGCUUUAUUACGCGCUACAGCAGAUGGCCGAUGUGAAAAGUAGCAAAUAAACCGAGGGGGUAAUUAAUGUAGAUAUCAGUUUUAUCCAAGACAAAUACAUGUAUGUAAUGUGACAAGUCAAACUAUGGCUGAAAAGAACUGCAAUCGAUUUCUGGAUUAUUGGAUUAAACUAGUUUCCUACGGGAGAAGUCUCUUCCUUGGUAUCUAGGUUUUAAACUUUGUAUUGUCCCUCCCUUCAUAAUGCCCAAACAAGAGAGGCACACCGACAAAGGAAGUCCGCCUUCAACAGUUUAUUUGUCUCCCGGCAGUAGUUUUUUUAGCGUGUUUUUGUCCUCAUUCGAGCAAUAUGUAAAAGGUUUUCAGAGGUCUCACGUCGGUGAAGAUGUGCGGCCCGUCACCCCUAACAGUUUUUACUAUGAGGAUUUUGUCAUGUGAUGGCCUAACUGUGCGUAACCCUUUAGGCCCUAAGAGUGAUCAGCAUCAAAUUUCUCCUAGUAAUAUCCCUGCUGUAGAAAACAAGGUUGUUAUGAGAAUUAGGGACAUAAUCACACAGAUUCUUUGACAGCUUCUCUCAACUACUAUUAUCAUGAGGAAACGUAUGGGAACAACAAAUGAGAAUAUGAAUUUUAAUAUUACAAUUUAAAAGAUUAUUAUGUGACCAAGUAGAUUAGUUCUUGCUCUAAAUGGUCUCGGAUCUUAGCCGAGAAAAAGCAUUUUAAAUUCUACUAACUUAUGUCAGAGACACAAGAACGUGACGAACGUGUCACUUUCAGUUCCAUAUUUAUACACUUGAAUCCUAAUUUUUGUGCAUUUAGUGGGGAAGAGCUUACAAACGAGUAAGGUUAUUGGGAUCGCUGUGCGCUAGUCCAUUCAGACUACAUAACACCGUUGUCAGUCCCCAGUUGAGGUUAAUUAGUUUCCAGUCCUUUUUUAGAAACAUCACUGGCUUUGAAGACUCAAAAGCCUAGCUGACGACACCUUCAACUAAGGAACAAGUGCUAAUUUUUUCAAAGUGAAAAAUUGCUUAAAACAAAAAUCCACCAUUAUUUCAUGUGUGUGAACCAUUUGCUGCUCGGAUCAAUAAACAAAAUACUCGCUCUUUCAACGUUUUACGACGAUUUAAUGUUCUAUUUUUAUACUGAUCGUUUCCAAUGAAGCAACUUUUUCCUCUUAGCAGGGAGUAGCUCACAUGUCAAAUAUGAGCUGAGGUAAUUGGAACUUAAUGGGAAAGGACUAUAUAUUACGGUGUUUAAUUUUUUGUUUUCAAUACUAAUGUCGUAAAACCUUUCCCUUGUUUUCUGAGUUGGCCUUGUUUACAAUUCGAUUCGGUGUUUUAAACCUUACAAUUUUGUACCAACAAUAGGAAUUUCGGUAUGCACUCUAACUAUAAACAUUGAGUCUAAAGCUUUAGUUAAUGAACCGGCUAUAUAAUGUGUCAAGGCAGAUGGCUGUUAUGGAAGGUAGCUAAUUAACCGAGGGGGUGAUCAAUGUAGAUAUUUUACCAAAAAGGAAAAAUUCAUCUAUACAAUUUGACAGGUUAAACCAUGGCUGAACAGGUCUGCACUCUUGAGCUUGAUUCCUUGCUUCAACUUGUUCAUCACAGAAGAUCUUCCCUCCUUGCUUUUUGUGUUUUAAACUUUGUAUUUUCUGUCGUGGCGACUCUUGAAAAUAUUUUAGUUAUUGGCGCCUUAAUGAAAGCCUCAACGAUACCAGCCACUGUAAAAAAGCAGCUUCUAAGUCUGGCUUUCUCUGAUCUUGCAGUUGGACUGUGUUCGCAGCUUAUGACCGCUAGUACCAGCGCCUCGAUAUUGAAGAUGGCAUCAAGUGGAAAAAACACAGCCUUCUUCUGUCCAACAGUUUUGGGUGUGCAAAGUUACUUUAGGCAUCUUCUCGCCACUGCAUCUUUUCUGAAUGUUAUUGUCAUCGCAUUUGAUAGACUUCUCGCUGUUUCGCUCCAUCUACGAUAUCAGGAGCUUAUCACACCCAAACGUGUUAAUAUAGCAUUGGUGUCUUUGUGGUUAAUAAGUUGUAUCACCGCCUUCAUAUUCGUUUUCCUUCCGACAAGCGAUGGAAUAGUAGCUGCAGUUAUUUUAAUGAUAGGGUAUGUUCUCGCAACCGUGGCAUAUGUUCGUAUUUACAAAGUCGUCAAAUAUCAUCAGAAUCAGAUAUACAGCCAAAUUCAGCUUCAAAAUGCCCAAACAAGGGAGGUACUCCGACAAAGGAAGUCCGCCUAUAAUACUAUAUUUGUCUAUCUUGUUUUUCUAGCUUGCUAUCUUCCUCUUUUGCCUUCAGCAACACUGUACAUAAUAAAUACUUCUGAAAUUUCGUUUAUCGUAGCUAAUUACGCAUCGAUAUUCUUGAUCAACCUGAAUUCAUCAUUAAAUCCUCUUGUUUACUGCUGGCGGUACCGAGAAAUUCGCCAAAGUGUAAAAAGCACAGUGAAGAAAUUAUUUCGUAUGAACGAGAACGUGACAUGA